UGACAAGAGUCCCUGGCAUACAGUCUACUCCGCCAAUGUCUCAGCUCCAUGACGAGUUUCUCCAGGUACCAAUCAUCUGUUCGGAGAGUCCGGUGAUGAUACAGUUCGUGUCCAACCCCAGCGUGGCCGGCAGCAGCGAUGCACUGUCGGCGUCGCUCAGCGCCUGCCCUUCGGGGAGGUCGGCUUCGGAGGUGGAGAUCGAAGUGCUCUUCCAUGACGCCGACGGCUACGUCUACGACAAUGGCUGCUGCACGGCGUUGCCAGCGUCGGCGUCAUUCCUCGGCUGCGAUGGAGACAGCGAAGACGUCGAGGCGGGCGGGGCAACGGCAGGACUGCUUUGCGCGCCGUCGACGAGGAAUAGGAUGGAGUUCCUGGAGCGCGACGGCAAGGGGGAGCUCAAGUGGAGCGAGAUGGAGCGAAGGUUUGGUCGCUCGUCCUCGUCGCAAGGGAACGCUGCUGGUGAGAAUGAGUCUGCUAGUUUGGCGGAAGAGCCUAUUCUGGUCAAUCAAAACAUCACCAGAUCCAUCAGUCGUUCUUCUAGCCAUGGGAUCAGAAUAGCAUUGGAUAGAUUUUCUUUACCUGUAUGCAUCUCUAGCUGUGAAAGAAACUCAAGUAGCCAUCUCACUGAAAAAGAUAUCAAGCAGGCGAUAAUGUUCAGUUCCUCUUUGAACAAGCUCUCAUUAAGCCAAGACGAAGCAACUGAAUACACUCACUUGAUCCUGGAAGAAAUCCAAACAGGCCAGGGAUUAACAAAGCUGAGCGGAACAAGAAAGGGGACACUGAAUGAUCUCCAACCUACUUGCUGGUCAACACCUAUACCGACCAAACACAUACAAUGUAUGACAUCGGCAGCCAUUGUCUUCUUUCGUGCUCACUGGAGACGAAUCUGGGUAAUUGUCAUGUGGCUUGUAGCAUGUGCUGCACUCUUCACUUGGAAGUUCAUGCAGUAUCGCCAGCGGUUGGCAUUCGAGGUCAUGGGAUACUGCCUGCCAACUGCCAAGGGCGCUGCAGAGACUCUUAAGUUCAACAUGGCCAUUGUGCUCCUACCUGUAUGCCGUAACACUAUCACUUGGCUUAGGAGAAGCCGUAGCAUCAACUCCGUCAUUCCAUUUAAUGACAAUAUUAACUUCCACAAGCUUGUUGCUGCAGGAAUUGUGAUCGGCAUAAUCCUCCAUGGUGGUACUCACCUAUCAUGUGACAUCCCAAGGAUUGCAAUGGCAGAUAAGACCAUCUUUGGGCGCACAAUUGCUGGUGACUUUGGCUAUCACCAGCCAUCAUACAUGGAGAUAGUGACAUCAAUCGAGGGAACAACUGGUAUAGCCAUGGUGGUGCUCAUGCUGAUCGCUUUCCUGCUUGCCAGUAGGCCUUCAAGAAGAAAUCCAGGAUCUCUCCCACCUCUGGUCAGACAGAUUGCGGGAUUCAACGCUUUCUGGUACUCACAUCAUCUGUUCGUUGUUGUUUAUGUUCUCCUGAUUGUGCAUUCCAUGUUCCUCUACCUAGCAAAGGACGUAUCAGAGAAGACGACAUGGGUGUAUGUGGUGAUUCCUGUGAUGAUCUACCUUGGAGAGCGAAUGUUCAGGAUAAUCAGAUCUAUGUCAUAUGAUUCGAAGAUCCUCGAUGCAACGACUUAUCCAGGGAAGGUACUUUCUCUCAGGAUGACAAAGCCUCCAGGUUUUCGCUAUCAAAGUGGAAUGUAUGUCUUUGUACAGUGUCCGCAAGUAUCGAAAUUUGAAUGGCACCCAUUUUCUCUUACCUCCGCACCAGAUGAUGAUCAUUUGAGCAUCCACAUCAGAUCUCUGGGUGACUGGAGCUACCAUGUGUAUGAUAUGUUCCAUGAGGCAUUGCGUCGCAGCAACCUUGACCUGCCAAAAGUAUCCAUUGAUGGCCCAUACGGUGCAGCAUCACAAGAUCACUCGAAAUAUGAAAUUGUCUUGCUAAUAGGGCUUGGAAUAGGGGCAACACCGUUCAUAAGUGUCCUCAAAGACAUUGCUAACGACCUGGAUAAGGAAGGUUGCACAACAAAUCAUCAUAGUGCCAAUGGGCUAAGGAAGGCAUACUUUUAUUGGGUGACAAGAGAGCAAGGAUCCUUUGAGUGGUUUAGGGACAUCAUGAAGGAGGUUUCAGCUCGAGACGGCAAACAGGGUGUGAUAGAGAUGUACAACUAUCUAACAAGCAUCUACCAGGAGGGUGACAAGCGGUCAAUGCUGAUAAGUGCAAUUCAAGCUCUUCAUUUCGCGCGCCAUGGCAUUGAUAUCAUCUCGAAAACUCCAGUUCGUACACACUUUUCGAGGCCAAACUGGCCUAGGGUGUUCCAUGGUCUUGCAAGAAAACAUAUUGGAGAAAGGAUAGGGGUUUUCUACUGUGGGCCAGAUGAUUUGGGAAGACAACUGGAAAGACUGUGCCACAAAAUGAAUAUGAGAACGUUCACUAGAUUUGUGUUUCACAAGGAACAUUUCUAGGAUAGAUAAAAAAAUGAAAUAAAUGUGACAUUCAUGUUUCUUUAUUUUUGUCAAUAAGAACUAGGGCUAGCAAUGCUAGAGCUUGUUAACGUGUGACCGACAUGCAGGCGCUAAUUCUGUAUUUUUCCUCCCACUGUUAAAAAGUCUUGUAAAAUGACACUUCGGACAAGGUAAAAUCUUUUAUUUCUUUAUUACUAGAGGCAAAAUCUUCUAUUGGAUGAGAACUCCUUAGUUGACACCCAUUGGCAUCAAGUAGAGCCUACGCUGAAGCGAGACGGAAUAGGCCAGCCCAGUAAGUGUGACAACCUUUGUAUCUAAUGGAUGAGGCGGUCAAAAACAAUUGAGGCAUUCUGUAGCAGUUUUUCUUGGUUUAUUCAUUUUCCUUCGGUUUU